ACACAGCUAGAUUUUUGUUUCAAGAAAUAGAUGAUUAAAUAUCCAUAAGUGUCAAUUGUCUUUCUCCCAAUUUGAUGAAUUCAAAAAUGUGAACUAUAGAGGUCUUGUAAAAAUAUCUUGUAUUUCUGCAUAUAAUAGGAUGUUCCAAGGAAUUGGGUGUCUUGUCAAUAUGACAUGGUGAAAUAUUAUGAUAAUUGAAGUGCAAAAAUGGGCCUACCAAUAAUGCAGUAAAAAAAUGUAUGCAACUUUGUCUAAGCAAUUGUAAAGUAGGAUAUAAGCUACCUAGCUUAUGAAAUACUUCCAUGAACUAUGAGGAAGAAGCUAACACUGAGAUUACCCAUCAAAAGCAGAAUUUGAGAAUUGUCAUAACCAUGAAAGUACCUGAAGAACAAGCAUCAAAUAACACCUACUAUAAUGCAAUAGACACAGACUUAAACGACUCGAGUGAGCAAGUCACUCUACAAAGUAUGGAAGCAGAUGCAGAGACACUUGUAAAUGGAGAGGCAGAAGACCUUGAAAGCAAUUCUCUACAUCAACCUCUCUUAAAGGGAAAUAGAACACUCUCUGCUAACCACUUAGCUAUGGUAGGAGCAAAGGUUUCCCAUAUCGAAAGCCUCGAUUAUGAAAUCAAUGAGAAUGAUCUGUUCAAGCAAGAUUGGAGAAGCCGGUCUAAAAUGCAAGUAUUACAAUAUGUGUUUUUGAAAUGGAAACUUGCAUUUCUGAUUGGACUCUUAACUGGUCUUAUUGCUACUCUUAUAAAUCUUGCUGUUGAAAAUAUUGCUGGAUAUAAGUUGCUUCUUGUGUCUGACUAUGUUGAGCAGAAGAGGUAUAUGACAGGAUUGAUUAUGUUGACAGGGGCGAAUUUCUUGUUAACUUUGAGUGCUACAGUGCUAGUUGUUUUCUUUGCUCCUACAGCAGCUGGACCUGGUAUACCUGAAAUCAAAGCUUAUCUUAAUGGUGUUGAUACCCCAAAUAUGUAUGGGGCACCAACAUUGUUUGUUAAGAUAAUUGGGAGCAUUGGAGCAGUCUCUGCUGGCUUAGACCUUGGUAAAGAAGGGCCCUUAGUGCACAUUGGAGCAUGCAUUGCUUCUUUACUUGGCCAGGGUGGAACAGAGAAGCAUCGUGUCAAAUGGCGGUGGUAUCGUUAUAUGAACAACGACAGGGAUCUGAGAGAUCUAAUCACCUGUGGUGCUUCUUCAGGAGUUUGUGCAGCUUUUAGGGCGCCAGUAGGAGGGGUGCUCUUUGCUCUGGAAGAAGUGGCAACAUGGUGGAGGAGCGCUCUCCUUUGGAGAACUUUCUUCAGCACGGCAGUUGUAGUAGUAGUGCUCAGGGCUUUCACCGACUACUGCAGUUCUGGAACAUGUGGGAUUUUUGCCAAUGGAGGACUCAUCAUGUUUGACGUCAGCAACGUUACAGUACAUUACCACCUGGCGGACAUCAUCUCUGUUUCCCUCAUAGGACUUAUUGGUGGUGUUCUCGGAAGCCUUUACAACUAUGUCCUGCACAAAGUUCUCAGACUUUACAGUCUCAUUAACGAGAAGGGAAAGUUAGCAAAGAUCCUUCUAAGUCUUGCAGUCUCAGUUUUUACCUCUGUGAGCUUGUACAGCCUGCCCUUCCUCGUGAGUUGCACAAAAUGUGAUCCAUCUCUACCAAAUUCUGGCUGCUCCACAACUGGAAGAAUAGGGAACUUCAAGAGAUUCAACUGCCCAAAAGGCUAUUACAACGACCUUGCUAGCUUACUCUUUUCCACCAACAUAGAUGCUGUACGAAACAUCUUCUCAACAAAUACUCCAGGAGAGUUUCACCCAAUCUCUCUUCUAAUAUACUUCAUACAUUACUCUAUCCUGGGAAUCUUUACUUUCGGCAUUGCUGUACCUUCUGGACUCUUCCUACCUAUCAUCCUCAUUGGUUCGGCAUAUGGGCGUAUGGUUGGCAUUAUCAUGGGAAGUUACUCGACGAUUGAUCAUGGGCUUUAUGCCGUUUUGGGUGCAGCAUCUCUCAUGGCUGGCUCGAUGCGGAUGACUGUCUCACUUUGCGUAAUUUUCCUCGAACUCACUAACAACUUGUUAUUACUCCCCAUAACAAUGCUUGUGCUUCUCAUUGCAAAAUCAGUGGGAGAUUGCUUUAACCCCAGCAUCUAUGAGAUUAUAUUAGAGCUAAAAGGCCUACCUUUCCUAGAUGCAAACCCUGAACCUUGGAUGAGGAAUAUCACUGUUGGAGAGCUUGCUGAGGUGAAGCCUCCAUUAGUUAGUCUCCGAGGAGUUGAGAAGGUAGCUCACAUUGUAGAUGUCCUUAAAAACACCACACACAAUGGUUUCCCUAUCAUAGAUGAUGGUGCAAUGAUCCCAACAAGUCAAGGGACAAAGGCAAGAGAGCUGCACGGGCUGAUAUUGAGAACUCACCUCGUUGCUGCACUGAAGAAAAAGUGGUUCCUCGAGCAGCCAAGAAGAACAGAGGAAUGGGAAGUAAGAGAGAAAUUUACAUGGGUUGAAUUGACAGAACGAGAUCUCAACUUCGAACAAGUCGCCAUAUCAAAGCACGAAAUGGAGAUGUAUGUUGAUUUACACCCUUUCACAAACAAAACUCCUUACACCGUAGUAGAGGACAUGUCAGUAGCAAAGGCAAUGGUGCUGUUCAGGCAGGUUGCACUACGCCAUAUGCUCAUUGUACCCAAGUAUCAUGGAUCUGGGAUAUAUCCUAUCACUGGAAUCUUAACAAGGCAAGAUUUAAGAGCCCACAACAUACAGAAUGUGUUCCCUCAUUUAGCAAGGUCGAAAGGCAGAGAAAAGCAGAUAUGAGAUCUUUCUAUACACAGAUUGGCAGACUUUAUCUCCUAGGAUCAAUAGAUUUUCAUUGCAUUCUUUCCACAACUUUCAUUUUGCCUAAUAUGAUAUGUACAAGGUUGUACAUUUUAUGAAAUCCUCAUGAAAAAAGUUUGUGUAGGCUCGCCAAAAUAUUACAUAUUCACUAUGUAUAAAAGGAAAUACAUUAAAUAUAGCAGCAGCCCCA